UCUCCAUAAUUUUGCCCAUUUUCUCAUAGGACCUAUGUUCCUAAUUCAAUCUUUUUUGACAUUUUUCUCCAUGACAUGUUCAUGUGCAUUCAGGAUCCAAACAUAACCAUUUGUCCCUCUUUUAUCUUUACAUAAGUUUUUUUUUAAUCUCAUGGAUCUGAUGAGACUAAAAUACUUUGAAUCUUUUGCACACAUGAAAAAUCAUCCAAUUAGUCCUCCAACUUCUGUUUCAAUCUUUGGUUCACCUAUACAUUCUUCAUCUAAUCAUGCUGGCUUUCCUAUUAUAGCAGUUGCCAUUAUUGGAAUAUUGGCAACUGGUAUUUUACUAGUUAGUUACUACAUUUUUGUGAUCAAAUGUUGUUUGAAUUGGCACAGAAUUGAUCUCUUGAGACGAUUUUCGUUCUCAAGAAAUCGACGUAUUGAAGACCCUUUAAUGGUUUACUCACCAGCAGUAGAAAAUCGGGGAUUAGAUGAAUCCGUGAUUCGUUCAAUCCCCGUAUUUAAGUACAAGAAAAGGGAAGAAAAUUCAAGAAUUCAUUGUGAAUGUGCUGUUUGUUUGAAUGAGUUUGAAGAAAAUGAGAAGUUAAGAGUUAUACCAAAUUGUGCACAUAUUUUUCAUAUUGAUUGUAUUGAUGUUUGGCUUCAAAACAAUGCAAAUUGUCCACUUUGUAGGAAUAGCAUUUCAUCAUCUACAACAAUUAACACAAAAUUGUUGUUGUUCCCUUUGGAUCCAAUCAUUGCUCCAAGUUCCACACCUCAUCAAGAUCCAAAUCUUGAAAAUUUUAGAGAUGAAGAUUAUGUUGUCAUAGAAAUAUCAAACAAUCAUCAAGAAAGGUUGUUGACUGCAGGGGAAAUAACAGGGCAUUUUUCGAUUAGUCCAUCACCAAGAAAAACAGAACAACAAAAAGUUCCAUCAAGAAAAUGUAAAAAUGUAACAAGUAUGGGAGAUGAGUGUAUUAACAUGAGGAAGAAAAAUGAUGAAUUUGGUGGAAUUCAGCCUAUAAGAAGAUCAUUUUCAAUGGAUUCAGCGACGGAUCGACAACUUUACGCAGCAGUUCAAGAGAUUAUAAUGCAGCAGCAAAGGCAAGUUACUGAUGUUAGUCUCUUUGAAAGUAGCAGUAGCAGAGUAAAAAGAUCAUUUUUUUCUUUUGGACAUGGAAGAGGAUCAAGAAAUGUUGUUUUACCUAUUCAUUUAGAGCCAUAAUGAGAAAAAGAUUGAAUUUUUAUUGUAAUUUUUUGAGUGUAGAAAAAUAGUUGUGUAUAUUAAAGUAGCUUUAAUAGAACUCGAAUCUACAAUCUCAGCAUUGAACGUGGGCAACCCCUCUUGUGAAGUUCAACUUUCUAUAUUUUAGAAUUUUUUUUGGAUUAUUCAUGUAGGAUCGUUUGGUA